UCCUCCAGUACAGAGAGAGCAGAACCAUCUCCCUUCCAGGGAAGGCAGGGAGGAGAUGGAGCCGUAAAAUCCAUAGCCUGCUAUGCAGUAUUUAGCAUACGGAUCAGUCACACUUUCCAAUGAACUGGUCAGGGUGUUUGAAACCAUGAUUAUUUUCGGUAUACCCCUGUCCAGCAAAACUUGUGCGAUAGGAAGAGAUCAUGGGGACUUACUGUUCUGAGCUUAGUUGAAAAUUUCUGUCUCUGAAAGCCUGGCAUAAAGAUCUCCGGACAGCUAUCUGAUCGCAGAACAGGAUUUAUGCCUAACUGCAGUGACACAGCAAUGAUUUCUUCUUCUGUGCUGCUGGAUGGAGGAGAUGAAGUGGAGUGCAGUAUUUUAAGGUUUCCAGAUCUGGACGUGAAAGAUCCUCUUCCUUUGACAGCCAAAAGCAAUUUCAAAGCGGAAUCAGAUACCGGUGUGAGAAAGAAGUGUGCAUUUGCAAAGAAGAAGGCAUUUGCCCUCUUUGUCAAAGCAAAGGAAGUGCCGGCCACAGCUAGCUGCCCUCCAGCCAUGUGCGGAGCGGGACUGGGGUGGAAAUGCUGCAGACAAACCUUUAAAGACCUCACCGGCAUUCACAUACAUGUCGCCGCGCAGCAUUCCAGCGACAUCCGGCAGCAGACAGGUUUGAUUCUGAAGCAGUUGGCUGCCGAAGCCAGCACUUCAAGUAACCCAGCCUCUGCGGACGAGGCGGAUAGGCUCAGCGGUCCCACCUGUAACAGCCAGGAGCUCUCUGAUAGGCUCCCAGACACAAGCCACAUUAGUUUUGAUGAACUGACAUGUGGCGUGGGAGAAGUGCUGUUAUAUUACUGUUACCGUGAGGUGAAAGCCCCACUGAGGCUCUGUGCUUGGCAGAAGUCUCUGUGCCAGCACCUUCAUCUCACUGGCAAGGUGCGCAUUGCUUCAGAAGGCAUUAAUGGGACAGUUGGUGGAAGCAAAGUAGCUACCAGUCUUUAUAUAGAGGCAAUGCUUUCCCACCCUCUGUUCAAAACCAUUUUGUGCAGAGAGGAUUUCAAGAGCAGUGCUGGAGGAGCUCACUGUUUCCCAGACCUUCGGGUUGGCGUAUUUGAAGAGAUCGUACCCAUGGGCAUCAAUCCAAACAAAGUCUCCUACAAAGAAACCGGAAUCCAUUUAUCCCCUGAGGAAUUUCAUAAAGAAGUAGAAAAAUAUUUAUCUCAGGCUCCUCAAGCACAAAGCGACACCAUUUUACUGGACUGCAGGAACUUUUAUGAAAGUAAAAUAGGUCAUUUCCAGGGCUGCCUGGCGCCCGACAUCAGGAAGUUCAGCUACUUCCCUAGCUACGUAGAUGAAAAUCUCGAGCUUUUUAAAAACAAGCGCGUGUUGAUGUACUGCACAGGAGGGAUCCGCUGUGAGCGUGGCUCUGCCUACCUCAGGACCAAGGCUGCAUGCCGGGAGGUUUACCAGCUCAAGGGUGGCAUCCACAAGUACCUGGAAGAGUUUCCUGAUGGGUUCUACCGGGGGAAGCUGUUUGUGUUUGACCAGCGUUACACCAUCUCUUCCAAUGAAGAUGUCAUUGCAGAAUGCAGGUACUGCGGGACACUGUGGGAUCAGUACAAACUGUGCUCCAGCCUGCACUGCCGGCAGCUUGUCCUGACCUGCCCAAGCUGUCAAGUGAAGGGCUUCACGGCUUGCUGUCCCAUUUGUCAGGAGAAAGGGCUCAAGCUGGCUUCAAACCCUUCUGGAUGGCUGGUCAAGGAGGAAUGUGAAUGCACAGACAGACGGCAGCGGGUCCCAGUCAAACACGUGUAAGAGAAGCACAGGAAAAUGUGAGACAUUCAAUAAUAUACACUCGCAUUCCAGGGCAUGGGGCUUCCCCGUUAUUGUCAUUGGAUCUGUACGCUCAGCCCCAGUGUCUCUUUAGCACUGGACAGUGAACCAUGAACUACCCCCUGGCCAAGUGUAAAUUAAUGGCGCGUCAAACACAACAGUGGUGCCACAGGAUUCCUCCCACUGCAGUGAAGUUACUGUUCUGCCUCCCACAAUGGGAUGGGCGCCAGGGAGAACUGGAUGAGUACAGCACAUGCCAUGGGAUUGGGCCACUCACAACCAAGCAGGAGCCAGAAGGUGAAGGAACAAGCGGGGGUGGGGGUGGGGGUGGGUGUGUUUUUUGUUCUGGGCCCACCCCACAGACUCUGCAGGGCUAGGAAGAUGGAGGCAGCAGGUUUUUAGUCACUUCUAAUCACUGGGAGCACAAGCAGACUGGGGUUGAGGCUAUUUUCCACAUAAACACUAGCAGCCUGAGUCUCCUCUCCCUUACCCCAGUGUCAGGCAGGCUAGCUACACAAGUCCCUGGGUUUACACUAGCGACCAGCAGGUGUGAGACCAGAAGCUGGACCCACGACUUCAUCAGAGCAAACGCUGGCGACACUCAAUGGCCAUGUACAACCUCAGGCAAGUUCGUCUGGCAGGGCAUGUUGUGUGGGAAGAGGGAGAAUAACCCGUUUGCUGCCCCUCUCUCGUGGCAGUCAGUGUCCAUGUCCUACCAUGCAGAAGGGAAUUCACGUGACUGAGUUUUUAAAUGUCCAAGAUACAGCCCUUAGCCCAGGCCUUGCAUUGGGCUGUGUGUGCUGCAGAAAAGUGGCGGGGUUCUGAAACGCAUUGACAUGCAGCCAUUUGCUGAGGCAAGCCCAGGGGCAUGAUGUAAAUAUCAAUGAGCAUCAUAGGAGUAGGAGUGGUGGUGUGUGGAGUCCCCACGUGAUUGGACACACGAGAGCUGCGUAUCCCGAGGGGUUCAAUGCAGCUCUGUGGAUCCAGCAGGGUACUGCUCCACUUACUGGCAUGGACUGUGUAGUUCUGCUGCUGCUGCUUCCCCUUUGAAGCGUAUCCCCCAUUGUACCAGUAAAGUCAGUUGUGGCUAUGUCCUGACAAUGGCUUUUAAAAACCCCUUUGUUCAGUGUCACGGGGUCUGCUGCUCACUGCGCGGCAGCACCUCCUCAUGGCUCAGCUGGGGAAUUAGCUCGCCCCUGGCCAGCGGUCGCUCAGCCUGUUGCCUCUGGCACUUUCUCUGCAGCCCUUUGCUCGCUGCAGCGCUGCGCCUUCGUGGCUUAGCCCUCAGGUCAGGUCACCAUCAGUCUCCCUUCCUCAAAGGCUCAGGCAGUCUGCAUCUCCACUGCACUGACUGCGCCACUCCCGCCCGGGCGGGUAGAGGAACCUAGGCCUGGCCUCUACACCAGCCUCCAGUCCAGGGACCCUCAGCCCAGCCCGUCAGGUCUGUCCCCGUCACCCUUUACUGCUCCUCCUUCCCUGGCCUGUGUCCAAGUCUGCCCUUGCCACGCUCCUGCGGUCCCGCUUGUACCAGGGCGUGGGCCUGCACCCCCCCGCUUCCCCCUGCCCAGGUGAGCUGUGAUCUCAACCAGCAGGUGCAGCCUAAGGCUCCUUGGCCUCUCUUGCCCCAUCCAUGCUGCUGUGGGGGGAUGCCCCAGGACACUCACCUUUCUACAGUUGCUUAGUGUCAGUUACAGUCCUUUGGUUUUCCAUGCAGGCUCUAAAGGAACCUUUUCCUUUACCAAAGCGGGGGAGGGGGGGGAAGGCAUUGCAGCAGACUUAGCUUGUGUUAAAUCCCACAGCAAGGCCUGACUUCUCUGACAUUGUUCCUGUUCAGCAACGGCCGGGGUGCCGCUGUGUGGGCUCCAAGCUGGGCUUUCAAAUCUGCUCCAAGCUCCGCUGUGGGACCCUUCCCCAGAGCUGCUAUUAGGUGAUGAUGAUGAUGAUGAUGAUAAUGCAGGGGCUGAGACCAAGCCCCUGCGGUGACUAACGAUGCCCACUGACCACAAUGGUCUUUGCAAGAGACGCCUGUUUCCCUAGGCAGCUGGUGUCCCCAGCACUGGGUCCAGGCUUGUUUCCUUGCAGCACCUUUCCCAGGUGCAUUGGCGAGCUGGCCGAGGUGCAGCAUCCUGCCGUCAGGCACACGUUGCAUUCCCAGCCUACAGCACUGCCAGUAGCUGUGGUUGGGAAGAGGAGCCCACAACUAGUAUGUUGCACUGUGGUGUUUUCUGUUUUAAAACCCCUGACCAGCCUGCUGGCUAGGUGACCAUCCUGUAACUCCUGCAAAAGGCCCUGGCCGGGUCUGUUUUCAGUACAAAUGGGAAACGGUGUCAACGUCGUGUUGGUGUGAACUUCUAAAACUGCCAGCGUGACGCCUCAUCCUUGGCACUGCCCCAGAGCUGCACGGACACGUCAUCAGUGCGUGGGCUGCUCGUAACCCUUUGGAACCUGUGAAUGGCAGCUGGGCUUCAGCUCAUGCCAAGCAAGCAGCCUGCGAACCAGGUGCUGGUCUAUGGAGGGUUUCUGGCCCCUAGGAGGGGCUCUACCCCCAAACCACACUGCCCCCUGCCCCCCAGGGGUGAGAGUCUCCCCAUUACCCAGGGCAGGGGUGAGCUGGCCAGGUGGGUCAGGCGCUGGCUCAGGAGGCUGGACCAGUGCUGAGCAGGACGUAAGCCCAGACCCGCUACAGGGCAGGAGAAGCAAUUGGCUCCUUUAUGCAGGGGGUGAGGUGGUUCCAGUGCUUUGUGGGGGAGGAACAGGAGACUGGGCGUUGCUAUUCUGGAGCAGGAGGUAAGAGGGGGCAGCUGCCCCCAUGACUGUUUCACUCAUCUCCAGCCUAGAAGGCAAGUACACUCCAUGUCCUCCAUAUUCUGAGGGUUAGUGCGUAGGCAAACCCUGGGGUCUGGCUGAGUGCGGGGUCUUCAUUAGCUACAGCUAGAGAACCACUCUGACACAACCUGAAACACUGACUCGCCGCUUAGCUGAUUCCGCACAACUGCUGUGAUGCCUCUGAGACGGUCUGUUAGCUCCAUGGCUCGGCAGCUCCAAGCAGGAGAGUCUGCGCACGAGCAGGCAUGGUGCUCGCUGUAGGAGGGAUCCCCUUUUCCUCAAGAACUAGUGACCCUUCAUCAUUACUGCUCGACAGCACAGCUGGUACAGAGCCUGAUGCUGUUCCCCAGGCAACUGUGCAACUCCUUGCUCUGCUGGGUAAGCGCUUGUAAUUCCGGCACAGUCACCAGCAAGAGUAUGCCUGUCGCACACAAGCCCAGAGGCCUCCCACCAUGUUUCAACUGCCAGGGGCAUUUAGAUGCUACUACAGCAUGGAAAAGGGAAAGGUUAUUGCUUAAAAUCCUCCUCUCAGGUCUGCACAGCAGGGUCCCGCUUAGCGCAUUCGGCACUGCCCCCACGCACCCAGAUGUCCCAUGGGCACCAGGGCAAGCAGCAUGUACCAGGGGAGAACAACGUCCAUUCCCCUGAGUCAGUGGGAGAGCAGACACUGAUGCUGAGUUAGAUCUGUGCACAUCUGAGCAGACAACUCUGCCGUUAGCGCUCAAGUGGUAUCUGGACUGAUCAUAGAAUCUCAGGGUUGGAAGGGACCUCAGGAGGUAUCUAGUCCAACCCCCUGCUCAAAGCAGGACCAAACCCAACUAAAUCAUCCCAGCCAGGGCUCUCUCAAGCCUG